AUGGCCGAGAUGAUGAUCCAGCAGCGCGCGCGGCGUGCGACGGCGGGCAACCGCAUGCGCGAACUGCUGGAGCAACAGGAAGUCGAAGGCGACGAAAUGUUUGCCGAGGUCGAGGACGACAUCGAGUUCGAGGGCGGCGACGAUGAGCCGGACAUUGUCGACUCUGACUUUGACGGAAACAGCGAGGAAGAGGGGAGCGGGGAGGAUGUCGAGGCGGAGCAGACGCUCGAGCGCGAAGAGAAGCGCGAGCGCAAGGCGGCGCGGCCACGCGCCGUGCCGCUGCACGCGAUGCGCCCGGCGAUGGGGCCCGCGACGGCGGCGGCGCCGCGGCCUGUCGAGCGCAAGCCCCGCCGGCCCUCGCAUCCUAUUCCUGCGCCGAGCUCGGGGGGGCUGCGCAGCAGCUCGCGCCACUCGACGGUCCAGUCCAAGCUCGAGACACAGACCAAGCUCAAGGAGGCCGAGGAGCGCCGCGCAUCAGUGCGCGCGCGCCCGGUCCGCAAGCGCGCCAAGAUGCUGACGCAGGACGCGCUCAUCUCAGAGGCACUCGAGACGGAAGAGGAGAAUAUUCAGAGCCUCCAGCGCUUCCUGCAGCAGGAAGAAGAUCGCAAGGCGCGGCAGCGGGCAUCGGGCAAACGCGAUAUCAAGGGUCCGUACGUGCGCUGGAUUAGCACCGGCCUCUCGCAGAGCGUGUUUGCGAUUCGCGCCGAGCAGAAGGAGGCCGAGGCACGGGCGGCUGCCGCAGAGCGCGCGGCCGCCGCGGAACGCGCGGCAAAGGAGCAGCGCGAGCGCGAGGAACGCGCGGCAGAAGAGGAGCGCGCGGCACAGGAAGAGCGCGCGCGCAUCCGCGCCGAAAACGGAGAGAUGGAGGUCGAGGAAGCCAAGGAAAGCGAUGCUGGCGCAGGCGCCGAGCAAGAAGAGGCACAGAAGAAGGACGCCGAGGCGCCCAGAGACGGCGAGGAGGAUAGAGUGCGGUCAAGCAACGACGAGCACGCGCCCAGCGCCGAGGAGCCGGGGCGAGGCGCCGAACAGGUGCCCAGCGCCGAGCAAGCCGAGGCCAAGGACGGCGCGGAGGGCGAGGCUAGCUCGUCUGCUGCGCAAGCUGCGCAACGGCCCCCGGAUGCGGCGCCCGACACCCUGUCGCCUUCUGAGCGCAGCGACACGCCUGUACAGACCUCGGCGCCGUCGGCGACUCCUGCACCUAUUGCAUCCUCAGCACCCUCGGCGCCCUCGGCGCCCCCGGUGCCCUCUGCAGCUCCUGCGCCAUCGACUACUCCUACACCUUCUGCUACUCCUACACCUACGACGCCUACUCCUCAGCCCUCGCAGCCUGCCCAACCCUCUGCACCUGCCCGCUCCCCACCCACCGCCCCGCCCCCCGCGGGCCCCAUCAAGGCUGAGGACGAGCCGGAAAAGUCGCACGACACGCCCGAGCCUCCCCCGGAGACUCCGUCCGAGCCGAUUGAUACGACGAUCACUGCCCGCACGAUCCUUUCGCUCUGCAACCUGGACCCCAGCGCGACAUGGGCGGACGAGUUCCGGAUGCUGCUGGGCGACCACUGUGAGUGGGACCGGCUCCCGAUCGUCCCUUCGCGCAACCGCCCCUUUCGCCCCCGGCAGAGCACCUGCGUCAUCACCGGGCUUCCUGCGCGCUACCGCGAUCCCCGCACUGGCAUUGCGUACGCGACGCAGGAAGCCUUUGAUACCAUCCAGCGUGUGCUGCGUGACGAGUUCCUAUGGACGGGCUCUGGCGCGCGCAUGCUCCCCCUGUCGUCUGGCUGCUAUGCCGGGCGUGUUGAGGACUACGGUGCCGGCGGCAUCUUUGCCGAGGCGCGGCGCAGGCGCGACACAUAG